ACCCUUCACGCGAUAAUUCACCGUCACACUGUUGAGGGAGGUAAUCAAUCAAUCAACUUCAUCAGCCUCUUGUCAAGGAGCAAUUCGCUUCGUGACCCUGUGUGGCUUAAUUGAUUAUUAGUAGACGUUUAUUGGUUUUUGACGCUGCUGUGAAUCGUUAAUAUGGAUGAAGAUUUAGCUGAAGAUUUUGACUGUCCAAGCCUUCUGUGUGAGGAACUGGAGGAUCUGGAAACAAAGGAUGAUGAAGGAGGGAGGAGGAGAGAACGAGAUGAGGAAGUGUUAAAUCAGAGGGAGGUUGAAGAGUCAGGAGAGGAGACACAGCGAGAAGAGAAGGAGGAAGGGGGGGAGAAAGAAAAGACAGUGUCCGGAAGGGAAGUGGUGGCGACAGAGGGAGAGGAGGAGGAGCAGGUGAAGCCAGAGAGUAGGCUGGAAGUGGAGGAGGAAGCACAGGAGGUGCAGAUGGAAGACAGUGAGAUUGAGAACAACAAGGCGAUAAUGCCUGAUAAGCAACAGAGCAAAGAAACAAAAAGUUUAGAGGAGAAAGACGAGCAGAAAAAGACUAAGAAGAGGCGAGGUAAGAAGCAGAGCGAACGAGUGAGAAACAAGAGAGGAGUGAAAGAAGUUAGUGAGAGGUCUGAGGAGGAAAAGAAGAGUCAGAUACAGGAGGUGUCAGGGAUGAGCUCAGAGGAGAGCUCGGCUCUGUCUGAACCUGCCUUUGGACUGAUGAACAGCUGUGAUUUGUCCGACCCCAUCUACCUGGGGUGUGGGGGGACGGGGUUGUACUGCCCCCCGGUUCCCAUUCCCCUGAUAUACUCCUCACAACCUCCAGUCCCGAUUCAACCUGCACCUCCUCAGGCCCACGGGACAAAAAGGCCUCAUAGCCCCCUUCUGCCUCACAGUCUCCCCCAGCAGGGUCCACAGCCUCUUGAGAUGGAGAUUACCCAGGUCUACUCCACCCGACGCUCCAUUCGCUACAGCAGCAGGGGCCGAGGCCGGGCCCUCAGCUUCCCUCUGCUGUUCGGGGUUAGAGGCUGUGGACAGCCGCCUGCUGCCGCCUGCACCGAAGAAGAAAACACGAACUCUCUACAGCACCGAUCAGUUAGAGCAUUUAGAGGCCCUGUUCCAGGAGGACCACUAUCCUGACGCAGAGAAGAGGAAAGUGAUCGCAGCUUCAGUUGGCGUCACACCUCAGAGAAUCAUGGUCUGGUUUCAGAACCGCAGAGCAAAGUGGAGGAAAGUGGAGCGCUCCAUCACAGCAAAGGUUGAUGACAGAGAGAGUAGAGCUGGAUGC